AGCUACGCUGUCAGCAUCCGACGCAACUCGUUUGUCGACGCAGAUACUCUACGCCUGUGGCUCGAGAGGUUAUACGCCGCGCCGCGCGGUAGCAUACUAUCUAGCAGCACAUGGCCGGCCAGUUCGUCCUCAACACCGGCGCCAAAAUCCCGUCGGUCGGGCUCGGCACCUGGCAAGCCGAACCUGGCGUCGUCGGCGACGCCGUCUUCGCCGCCGUGAAGGCAGGUUACAGGCACAUCGAUUGUUCUCAAGCAUACGACAACGAAAAAGAGGUUGGAUUUGCUCUCAAGAAAGUGUUCGACGAGGGCAUAGCCAAGCGUGAAGAUCUUUUCAUCACCUCCAAGCUCUGGAACACCAACCAUGCGCCGGAGGAUGUCCCGGUUGCGCUGGAGGGCACACUGAAGAACUUGCAAACCGACUACGUCGAUCUUUACCUUAUCCAUUGGCCAGUUAGGAUGAAGAAAGGCGCCGGUUUUGGCCCGCAAAACGUCAUCCCGUCCGAUAUCCCGGCGACAUGGACGGCGAUGGAGAAGCUGUACGAUGCCGGCAAGGCGCGCGCCAUCGGCGUCAGCAACUUCUCGAGCAAGAAGCUGGCGGACCUGCUCGCUGUCGCGCGCGUGCCCCCGGCCGUCGACCAGGUGGAGUGCCACCCCGUGUGGCGGCAAACCAAGCUCCGCGAGUUCUGCGAGUCCAAAGGGAUACACCUCUCGGCGUACUCGCCGUUGGGCUCUCCGGGGACGGGGAUGGUGAAGCCAGGCGCAGUGCUCGAGCACCCGGUCGUGGUCUCGGCGGCGGAGAAGCUAGGGAAGACGCCGGCGCAAGUGGCGCUGCGGUGGGGGAUCCAGAUGGGGCACAGCGUGCUCCCCAAGAGCACCAACGAGGAGAGGAUCAAGGCGAACCUCGCCGUCUACGACUGGUCCAUCCCGGAGGACGUGUUCGCGAAGUUAUCUGAGAUCGAACAGGUGAAGUUGAUUCGAGCAGGCUUUUUUGUUCACCCAGAAGGCGUCUUCAAAUCCAUCGAAGAUCUCUGGGAUGGCGAGAUAAUCUAACCGGCUGUCUGGGAACUGAUGAAACUUUUUUACAUUGCCAGGCGAAAAAUGAAUAAGUUCAUCCGAAUCGUGAGGGACAAUAACUGUACGCCUGAUCAGUAGUCCGAUAAUUUUCACUCUGUUGGCAUUGUCAUGUAAUUUAUUUGCGAGAACUGAAA